AUGGCGACGAGAAGUCGGCGAAGUACAGGCGGUGCCGAUGCUCUCAAUCCGGCAAUGAUACAUUUCUACGAUGCUGGCGGUGCUGAUGCUCUCAAUCCGGCGAUGAUACAUUUCUACGAUGCUGGUCGAUUAAGACGAGAGCUGCAACAACGAGGACUGGAUACAACGGGCAACAAAACUGUCCUUGCCGACAGAUUACAGGAAGCAGUGCUGUUGGAGCGAAACCCACGACAAGCAGCCUAUUCGCCACCGCCGCAACCCGAAAAACCGGUCAGAAGAGGAGCGAAAAGAACAUCGAAAGCAGAAGCAGUGCUAUUGGAGCGAAACCCACGACAGGCAGCCUAUUCGCCACCGCCGCAACCCGAAAAACCGGUCAGAAGAGGAACCAAAAGAACUUCAAAAGCAAAUGAAGAAAAUGAACCGGCGGCAACGUCACACGCCGAGGAAAUCUCAUCUCCGAAGGCAAAGAAACCGUGCGUAACGGAGGAAGCUGUCGGUGAAAUGGACUUGAUCGAAGAGUCGUUUUCUAUCGAGCUUUUGAACAUGGCAUCAGUCGAUGAAAUGCAACGUGAAGCAGAAAAAACAAUGUUGGAAGUUUGUGCGACACCAGAUACUUCCAUGGAGCAAGGGCCAGCUGUUGUACCGGAUGUGGUUGAACCUGCAAUAACUAGCAAACUGCCGGAACCAUCGGAAGAAGCAGUUCCUCCCAGAAAAAUAGGAAUUGUUGAGCCGGAACAGCGAGUGCAAAAGAUUAAAAUUCUAAUUCGAAGAAGUAAAAGUGUAAGUGGCAUUUAUUAA